AUGAAGCCUUGCAUUCUGCUAGGAUCAUUGUUACAGAGUUGCGCCGCCCAAACGAUCUCCACCAGCUGGACUUGCGAGGCCGGGUCUGACGUGACAUCAUUCCCUGCUUGCAAUGAUUUUCUUAACUCCGGAAACGCGUGCGCGACUGUAUUAGAUCGCCCAGGAAAGCAAGAAUGCCUGUGCAACGAAGAGUAUCUCGAUUCUUUGUAUAAGUGUGAGAAUGAGCUGCAGCUCUGCUUCCUCGGUAACCAGCUCGAAGGAACAUUUGACAGAGGCAUCGAGCUUUGGGAGAGUCUCUGCGGUAGCUAUGUUACCUUUUCUCCGACAACGCCCUCAGCCAAGCCAUACACUGAGUACCCAGAGGAGCUCUGUGUCGACGUAGAGAAGGCUUGUCAAACUGCCAGAAAUCUUCUUAGCGAUUGCCUACCGUAUACAUCUGAUAUGGACACGUCAAGAUUGAGUUCUUGCGAGUGCCAACCUCGAUUGCUUCGGUUGGCGUACACUUGUCAAUACAUUGGGAACGUUUCAUGUCUAGCCACAGAAGCCGUAACAUCCAAUGCUUGGGGGUACGGGACCUGUGACAACUUCGCGUCAGUUAUAGGGAAAGAGCAUCUUAAAAAAGCAUCUAUCGCCAAUGCAACGGUCAACACAACGCACGAUGUCCGGAAGCACCCCCGACUGCGCGCUCGAGGUCAGUGGACUGAAGUAGACACGCCAAAUGGUCGUGUACUGGCACUAACUCCUCCUGCUACCGCAGAGGCUGACGAAGCCAGGAUGGACCCAGUGCCUGAAUUAGGCGAACAUAACGAUGUAAUUCUGGCGGAAAUGGGAAUGGACGGGUUCAAGCUGUAA